AUGGGCGGAGACAGCAGGCUUCCAUCCACUUCCUCCUAUCCUACUCUGGUGCAUCGUCCCGUUGGCCAGAAGGUUUGGAGUAUUUAUAAAGACCGACUCCGUCAAUUUACUGAUGGCGGACAAUACUCGGGACAAAACCUAGUAGCCAAAUACUACGAAGCCACAAACGAUGAUGAACAGCAUGUCAAGCUCUCCGUUUACUCGGUGCCAAACCUGGCCAGACCCAGCUUUAAGGAAGCUACCGCCAAUAAAUUCAAGCCUACCAAACGAGGCGAGUCCUUUGGUCCAAGUUGGUCAACCCACUGGUUCAAGAUCCAGCUCACGGUGCCAGAGGAGAUGCGCAAAAAGGAGCGACUGGAGUUCCACUGGGAUGCAAACAACGAGGGGAUGGUUUGGACGGAGGAUGGGAAACCUUUACAGGGCCUGACAGGCGGUGGUGAGAGGAUUGAAUGGAUUUUGCCUGACAGUUUCAGAGAUGGAAAGGAACACGUCUUCUAUAUCGAGAUGGCCUGCAAUGGAAUGUUUGGAAAUGCUCCGGGAGGCGACUCUAUCCAACCUCCCAGCCCCAACAAAUAUUAUAGACUUAAUGUGGCGAGGAUCACAGCUGUAAACUUACAGGCUAGGGCGCUUUAUUACGAUUUCUGGAUGAUAGGAGAUGCUGCUCGGGAAUUCCCUUCGGACUCGUGGCACUCCCAUCAAGCCUUACAAGUUGCAAAUGCCAUAAUGGAUGCCUUUAUCGAGGGCAAUGGCAGCCAGGCGUCGAUUGUGAAGGCCCGCAAAAUUGCACAGCAAUACCUGGGCCACUUAGUGGAUUCUGACAAGGUCUACAAAACUGACAAGCAGCCGAUUGUUUACGGCAUUGGCCAUUGUCACAUAGAUACCUGUUGGUUGUGGCCCUGGGCGGAGACAAGACGAAAAGUGGCCAGGUCCUGGUCUACCCAGUGCGAUUUGAUGGAACGUUAUCCCGAACACCGCUUUGUCUGUUCUCAAGCACAGCAGUUCAAAUGGCUGGAAAAGGACUACCCUUAUGUAUUUGACCGUGUCAAAUCAUUUGUGAAAAAAGGGUCCUUCAUUCCAAUUGGUGGAAGCUGGGUAGAGCAUGAUACUAACAUGCCCAGUGGAGAGUCCUUGGCUCGUCAGUUCAUCCAUGGCCAGCGAUUCUUUGAAAGCCAUUUUGGCGAACGCUGCACCACUUUUUGGCUGCCAGAUACUUUUGGAUACUCAUCGCAGAUUCCUCAACUCUGUCGGUUAGCCGGGAUGAGCCGUUUCUUCACUCAGAAACUCAGUUGGAACAACAUCAACAAAUUCCCUCAUACGACUUUUAACUGGGUUGCCUUAGAUGGUAGCCAAGUCCUUUGCCACAUGACUCCAGCAGAGACGUAUACAGCCAGCGCCCACUUUGGAGACGUCCGCAGGAGUGUCCUGCAGCACAAAUCGAUGGAUCAAGAUAACACCUCACUUCUAGUCUUUGGAAAAGGUGACGGCGGUGGUGGACCGACUUUUGAACAUCUCGAGAAGCUGCGGAGACUUCGCGGUAUGAGUGAUACAGGCGAACUCCUUCCCCGUGUCACAAUGGGUUCCAGUGUGGAUGAUUUCUUUGCGAAACUUGAAGAAAAAGUUGCCAAUGGAACGAAUUUUGUCACUUGGUAUGGGGAACUCUAUUUUGAACUCCACCGAGGGACAUACACAACUCAGGCCAACAAUAAAUUCAACAAUCGUAAAUCUGAGUUUGUUCUACGUGACCUGGAGUUGCUUGCCACGCUAGCUACCCUGAAAGACUCCAAGUAUAAAUACCCCAAGAAAGAUAUCGAUGAUAUGUGGGAGAGCGUUUUACUCUGCCAGUUCCAUGACUGUCUUCCUGGAAGUUCGAUUGAGAUGUGUUACGAUGACUCCGAUAAGGAGUACGCACAGAUAUUUGCAACCGGGUCAAAGUUAAAAAAGGAGGCGAUGAAAGUUCUUGGAUUAGAUUCUCAAGAUAGCAGAGCGGACCGUGGGCUUGUGGCCAUCAACACUCUUCCUUGGCCUCGCUCAGAGAUCGUGAGAGUUGACGAAGGGAUUACAACCUCUGGAAAACCACAGUAUGCACUCGCCCAAGGAGGUAUGGGGGUCAUUGCUGUUCAGCCUCUCGGAUCUGUUCAAACACCUCCUGUUUCCCUAAAUGAAGUGAAAACAGGGGUCUUUAGGCUCUCAAACUCGAAAGUAUCUCUCGAGGUGUCCAAAGGGGUAAUCACCUCUCUUGUCGAUCUAGCGGAGCAAAGAGAGAUUAUCGCAAAGGGUGGAAAAGCUAACCAGCUAGUGAUCUUCGACGAUAAACCUCUUUACUGGCAAGCGUGGGAUGUUGAAGUCUACCAUCUUGAAUCCCGGAAGGAGCUGACCUCUGGGACAACUACAAUCGCAGAGAAUAAUCCUCAUCGUGUUGGUGUUGUAACGAAGACUAAUAUCAGCGACAAGAGCUGGGUGAAGACAACAAUUAGUCUAGCCGCCACUACUGACGAUUCAGCUCCGAUAGUGGAGAUAACCUGUGAGGUAGAGUGGCAAGAAACUAUGAAGUUCCUGAAGGUCGAAUUCCCCGUUGAUAUAACGAACACUGAGGCGUCGUAUGAAACACAAUAUGGAAUAACCAGAAGACCAACACAUUAUAACACUAGUUGGGAUAUGGCCAAAUUUGAAGUAUGUUGCCACAAAUGGGCUGAUCUUUCCGAGGCUGGCUACGGCGUCUCAAUUCUCAACGACUCAAAGUACGGUUUCGCGACAUGUGGCAACUUGAUGCGCCUGUCUCUGCUCCGGGCGCCAAAAGCUCCCGACGCUCACGCGGAUAUGGGUCGACACCACAUCCGCUACGCAAUCAUGCCGCACAAAGGACCCCUUGACUCCCGCACCGUCCGGGCAGGAUACAAUUUCAACAACCCACUAAUCGUUCAGGCAGCAACUGGCAAAGAAGACGCCCAUCUUUUCAGCGCCUUUUCUCUCAAAGGCUCUUCGUCUCUAAUCCUUGACACUGUCAAGCGUGGAGAGGAUGAUCAAGAUGUCUCCCGUGGGGACUUCAAAGUUCGUUCUGGACGCAGUAUUAUCCUGCGCAUCUAUGAGUCUCUGGGUGGGAAAAGUCGCGGUUCUAUUUCGUCCAAGCUGCCUGUUAAGCAGGUGUGGAAGUGCAAUUUGCUUGAGGAUGAUUUGGAGCAGUUGGAAGUGGUGCAGAUUGUUGAUGCGGUGCAGGUGGAUAUUGAGUUAAGGGCGUUUGAGGUUGCGACGUAUCGUUUGCAAUUGUAA